AUGCAAACGACAACAACCAUUCAAACUAAGAUGGAAAAUUCAGCAGUGUCGGUUGACCAAGUCAUGCUUCGUGUUGUAGAAAGUGGUGACACCAAAACACUUUUGAAACUGGUGAACUGCGGAAAAACUUCCAAUACAUCUGAUAUAAAUGGGGACCCUCUUCUGUUCAUUCCCAUUGUGAAUGGAAAUAUAGAAAUGCUUGACACCUUACUUACAUAUGGCGACUGCGAUUUGGAGUUGUCUAAUUUUGAAGAGAGGACAGCCUUGAUGCUUGCUGUAGAAAUGGACGACAUCAGAAUGGUCAGACAUCUAAUCAAAGCAGGAGCAAAUGUCAAUGCUACAGACAACUUAGGUAAAACUCCACUUCUGCUCGCUUUGGAGGACGGAAAAUUUGAAAUUGCCGAGUACCUGAUCAAGCACGGAAGUGACGUGAACAGCGUGGAUGAUUUAGGUCAGUCUGCUCUGCUUCACAUCACUAGAGGAGAGAGGCGGGACUGUGCCAGAAUUAUUCGGAUACUGCUCCAAUGUGAUUAUAAAAUAAAAGAAAAGAUAGAUGAAAUAUCCCGAGAAGAGAUUGUUACGUAUCAGAAACAACAAGAAAGGAAAAUCCCCACACUUGUGAGGAAAAUUAGCUUGAAAAUGAAACGUCUUCCAAGCUUUCGUCAGUCCAUUAGGAUAACCAAGUACUCAUGAGCGUCUCCAGGAGUUUGUGUAGGCAAAUAUCUCCGUACCGUUUGGAGAUAAACUGUGCAAUGACCUUUCAAGGUCACCUGUACCUGUCCAUACACGCCUACCUUGUUUUUUGUUUUCGAUAACAAGGGUGAGCAGUGAAAACUAAAGUGCCUCAAAGAUCUCCACCAGGCGGUCUUGCUUUGGCAUAGGCCCCGUUAUAGUUCGGGCCGGUGAUAGUUCGAAAGGACUGCUACAAAUGCGAAAGUCCGUGUACGUAAAAAGAGACAUUACCAAAGAAUGGACGAUUGUGACAAAUGAUUUACAUCAAACGACUGCAUUUGAUGAAUAUGAGAAUUAUAAUGUAAAACAAACUCUGCACGUGUUGUGCAAAUACCAUUAUAAAUUGUUGUACUUUUAAGGUAGCAUUGUCUUGUUUGAAUUGGCUGUAUUCUAAAUAAAAAAUAUUC